AUGAGCCAGAGCAUUGAAUGUUCGAAUCAGGGCUGGACACGGCUCCAGGUACUCACAAUUGCGGUGGAUAUUGGAGGCUCGCUGGCAAAAGUAGUGUUCUGUGCAAGGGACGCCGGGAAACUGGUAUUCCAGAGUGUCGAAACCGAGAACAUUGCCGAGUUCAUGCUUUUAAUACACGAGAUCAUACAGAAGCACAACGGGGGCUCCCAGAGUAAUGUCAGAAUUGUAGCCACGGGUGGCGGUGCGUAUAAGUUCCACGACCUGCUAUGUACAGAAUUUCCCGACGUGCUGGAGAUCGCCAGACUCGACGAAAUGGUAUGUUUAAUCAAAGGUCUAGAUUACUUUAUCCAUGAGGUGCCCGAAGAAGUCUUUACAUACAACGACCUCGACGGCGAACACAUAGUGGUCCCCGAACACGCCAAAGUGUAUCCAUAUAUGCUAGUGAACAUUGGAUCCGGCGUUUCCAUCCUGAAAGUUGACUCUCCGGCCCAAUACACGCGUGUUGGAGGCUCGUCGCUUGGCGGUGGAACACUUUGGGGGCUGCUGUCAUUGAUUACCGGCGCCCGAACCUAUGAUGAGAUGCUCAGCUGGGCGCACGGCGGCGACAACACCCACGUCGACAUGCUCGUAGGCGAUAUCUACGGAGCCGACUAUGGUAAAAUUGGGCUCAAAUCUAGUCAUAUUGCGAGCUCCUUUGGCAAAGUGUUUCAGCGCGGCCCCCACAGCCCGAUAAAAGAAUCCACAGCGGAUAGUAUACUCCACCCCGAUACAAACACGGAUGACAUUCAGUCCCGCAAUCGCAAGUUUAACAAUUCUGAUAUUUCCAAGAGUUUACUUUACGCAAUAUCCAAUAACAUAGGCCAAAUUGCAUAUCUUCAGGCAAAAGUACACAAUGUGCCUAACAUCUACUUCGGCGGCUCUUACAUUCGCGGCCAUCUUAUGACGAUGAAUACGCUAAGCUACGCUAUAAACUUUUGGUCUAACAGCCAGAAACAGGCAUUUUUUCUGAAGCAUGAAGGGUACUUGGGAGCCAUGGGCGCUUUCUUGACUUUCCAAAAUUCAUCGUGA